ACACCUUGGAUAUCCACACAUAAUGGAUCCAAGCAUGUACAAUGCUGCAAAGAAAGGGAGUAUGGAAGAUGGUGAUUUUUCACUUGUUGAUCAUCUGAAAAGGGAGGAAGAAAAUGGUUACCAAGUCACUCCAAAGGGAAAUACAAUCCUCCAUGUGGCAGCUCACUUUGGCCAACAAGGUUUCGUGGGAGAAGUCCUUAAGAUUACCCCGGCGUUAUUAUGCUAUAAGAAUAAGAAAAAUGAAACUGCGCUUCACAUUGCAGCUAAUUUAGGACAAAGUGAAGUGGUGAGUGAACUACUUAGCAUAGAAGGAAAGGAGACACUUGUGAGGAUGACGGAUGACAUUGGAGAUACUGCCUUGCACAAGGCCAUUAGAAGUGGACACAUUGACAUUGUCAGGAUGUUGGUGAAAGUAUUACUAGAUCCUGAACACGACUUUCCAGCCAAUAAGGCUGGGAAGACACCACUUUAUUUGGCAGCAGAGUCUGGUUUUCAUGAUGCUUUGAUUGAAAUCUUGAACGUUUGCAAGGAACCAACUUAUGUUGCAGGUCCAUCCAAUCGAACACCUCUACAUGCAGCUGUAAUUAAAGAACACACAGAAUGCGCGAGAUCACUAUGGCAAUGGAGUAAACCUUUAUGCGAAGAAGCUGAUAAAUGGGGUUGGAAUUCACUGCACUAUGCUGUUAAACAAGGAUUGAAAGAAAUAAUUUCCGAUAUGUUGGGAUGGAAGAAAUCUUUAGCCUACCUUCCGGCUGGCAGUGAAAAUGAUUGGACGACAGCAUUUCACAUUGCAGCUAGUGAAGGUGAUGUAUUGAUGAUAUAUGAUUUAUUAAACCACUGCCCAGAUUGUUGGGAAAUGCUUAAUUGCAAUGGCCAAAAUGCACUUCAUGUUGCCUUAUUGAACUAUCACGAAAUGUUUGUCCAUGCCUUCCUUGGGUCUGGAAUUUGUGAUAGCCUUGUUGAUGAGGCAGAUAAUGAGGGCAAUACUCCACUCCAUUUGCUUGCUGCCUCUGGGAACCGUGUGCCUCAAAUGAUAUUAGACCAUCCUAGCGCAAAGAAGAUGAUAUUUAACAAACAAAAUCAGACUCCACUUGACAUAGCAUUGUCUCGUACAUGGACAAUAAAGAAGGAGAAAUUGGUAGGCGAUUUGUGCAGCAUAAAUGGACGAUUGGGACAACGUGACUUCAAGGUAAAACGGAAAACAGAAACGAUUGGUAACAUACGACAGAUUAGGAAGGAGGAUGAUCAGGACAAAGCUAAGAGAGACAAAAUAGAAAUAGAAAAAUUUAUGAAGGCAGCUCAAAUACAAGUAGUUGUAGCUACUCUCCUAAUGACAGUCACUUUCGCAGCUGGCUUCACAUUGCCAGGAGGUUUAUACAACGAUGACAGUCCUAAUAAAGGGAUGGCGAUUCUAUUAAGAAAAACAGCGUUUCGUGCAUUUGUUAUUUCAGAUGUCCUGGCAUUUUCAUUCUCAGCUGGUGCUAUAUUCAUCUACUUCUUCAUGGCAGAUUGUGAUGUAGACGGAGAGGAAGAAUGUAAACGGGACUGGUUCAAAGUUUUAAGGAGUUAUUAUUAUAUAGCAGGUAUUUUGCAACUUUUGGCAAUGGGUGCUGUUGUAAUUGCAUUUGUAACUGGUAUGUAUGCUACUUUAGCAAAUUCACUUGCUCUUGCUGUUACUGUUUGUGUCAUUGGUUGUGUCUCUUUUGUUAUGUACUUUUGGAUUAUCAUUUGGGUAUAG